GUUCCUUCAGCGAGCGCAGCGUACAAGUUCACGACCAGCCAGAACCAACACUCCUAGAUGUGCUGCGUCAGCUGGACGUGCGCACGCUGGACGCGAUGGUGGACGGUUUACGACGGGACAUGCGCAGCCUCGCCGCGGCGCGGCUCGCGUCCCGCGAGCUCCGGCUCGUGAUCGACGGCAGCAUGCGCGAUGUGACGCUGUCGCUCUCCUCCCAGAUCGAGGCCACAAGGCUGCCCGGGCAGCGCUCGCCGCUCGCUCGCUUCCCGCGCUGCCGCUGCCUGCGCGUGCGGCUGGUGUGGGACCCCUCCCACCACAUCGCAGCAGCCGACUACUCGCUCGCCGGCGCCGACUCCGUCACUGGUGCUAGACACGGUGUUAGCCGCGGUAGCGGCGGCCGCCGCCGCGGCGGCGACGGCGACUUGCGGCUGCAGGGGCGCCUUUGGCUGGUGAUUGAGGGCGUGAGCGCCGAGCUCCGCGGCCGCAUCCGUACCCUGGUCGUCUACCCCUCAGCCGCCGGCGCAGCCGCCACCGCAGUAGCCACCGCUUCCAGCAGCGCUCAUAACGCCACUGCCGUCGCUGCUGCUACUGCUGGAUACGGCGGCGGCUACGGCUACGGUUACACCAGCGGCGGCUGGGCCUCCACGCGCACGCUACACGCCGUGAUGAUGUCGCUCGCGCGCCGCCUGCCAGGCCUGCAAGAGCUCGACCUCUCGCGCCUCUCUCCCGAGUCCAUGACCCGCACCAUGGAAGGAGCGGCCGCAGCGGCAGCGGCGGCGGCCCAGGUGGCGGCGGGUCAGAUGGAGGGAGCGGUGGGCGGCGGGCCCGCCGCCGCCGCGCUGCCGCCGCUGCAGCAGGCGCCGCCGCUGCCCGCCCUACACCUGUUUCAUCUGGAGCAGCAACGGGCGCAACAGCUGCUGGCGGUUAGAGAGCCGGACUGGCUGGCCCGGUCGGCGCUGAGCCAGGCGGCACUGGCGCUGCCGCAGCUGGCGACCCUCAAGCUCGGCUGCGCCGCCGCCGCGGCGGCCCUGAGCAAGGUAGUCUUUCACCGUGCUGAGGACGACGGUGCCGCCAGUAAAAGCUACAGCCUCUUCGGCAGCCUGACGGCUCUGGAGCUGGACCUGCACCACGACGCGCUGCGCCACAAGGCUCUGGCCGGCAUCACCAGCCUGCAGUGCCUGAGGCGCCUGAGGCUGAGCUGCUGCCUAGACGAUGCAGGCGGUGGGGCGGCCGGGGGUGGGGGCGGAGGCGGAGGCGGGGGUGGAGGCGGAGACUUUUGGGCGCCAGGUGGCGGCGGGGCAGGCGGAGGCGGGGAUGGCGGCGGGGCUGCUGGUGGUGGUGGCCUUGGCAGUGGCAAUAGCAGCAACGGCCCAGUGCCGCUGCCGGGGCUGUGGGCGGCGCUACAGCCGUCCGUGGAGGUUCUGGAACUGUGCUACAGCCGCUGCAGGGGGCUGCUACUGCCGGACCGCGUGACGCUGCGCCUGGCGGCGGGCAAGCUCGAAGAGGUGGAGGUGGCGGCGAGCGGCAGCGAUGGCCGUGGCGUUGAGAGUUACGAAGGCAGCAGCAAUCACAGUUACGAUUCCACGCAUUCCAGGGCUGCUGCUGCCAUGCAAGGCGGCGCCGCCGCGGCCGGCGGUGACGAGGGCGCGGCGGCGGCGGCGGCUGCUGCUGCUGGUGGCGGUGACGGCAGCGGGAGCCUGACGCCCAUGCAACUGGCGGCGGUGGCGGAGCUGGUGGUACGCGCGCCGUUGCCGGCGCGGCCGGUGGUGCUGCGGCGGCUGCGCUGCGGCGCGCUUUGCGACGACGCAGUGAGCACGCGGCGCCUGGCGGCGGGGCAGCCGCUGGAUGCGCUGGCGGCAGCGGCGCGGGAGGUUGAGGUGCGCGAGCUGCAGGUGGACAGCGGUGAUGGGCGGCGGGUGGGCGUGGCGACGGCGCUGGUACGGCUGCUGCGGGCCGUACCGGCACGUGUGGAGUUCCUUGGGAGGCCGGUUGCCGUCUACGAUCUGCAUGGAGGCGUUCGCGGCGGCGGCAUUGUUGGCGGUCCUGGCGGUGGUGGUGGCCGUAGGGCCGCAGCGGCUGGUGGUGCGGGUGGUGGAGGCGGCAGCAUCAGGGCCGCAUCAGACGCUUGUGGCAAAUGCGCUGCUCUGGGCUCUGCUCCUGACGCUGGUGCUGGUGCUGGUGCUGGUGCUGGUGCGGCGGUCGAGGCAGGACCGGAGCAGCAGCAGCAGCCGGUGCGCGGCAGCAGCCUUGGCACGGCGGAUGUGGGUCAGGUGGUGGAGGCGGCGGUGGAGUGGCUGUGGCGGCAGUGCAGCAGCAUCAGCAGCAGUAGCAGGCCAAGCGACGGAGGCGGCACUGCAGCAGGGCGGCUGCAAGCGGUGGAUGGGGCAAGUGCCUGGGUGCUGCUACGCGGCGGGCCGUUGGCGCUGCUGCAAGGCAUGGCGGCAGGCCCAAAGACUGCGGAGGGCCCAACAGCUGCGGAGGGCCCAACAGCUGUGGAGGGACCGGCAUCCGCCCCGGCGGCAUUGCUGGCUGCGGAGUUUGAGAACGGUACUUUGGUGCAGUGGCUGUGCAGCGUCUCCCGGCUGCAGCGGCGUAGUGGCAGUAGCAAAUGCUGCGGCCGUAGCAGCAGUAGCAGCGGCAGUAGCAGCAGCGGCAGUAGCAGCAGUAGCCACUGGCAGCAGCAGCUGCGGCACCAGCCGUACGAGUGCGAGCGAAGGCUGUGGGAGUGGGAUGGCAGGGGUUGGGUGCGAGCGUACGAGCGGAAGCAGUGGGAGUGGGAUGGCAAGGGCUGGGUGCAGCAGCCGCUGCCGCCGCGGCUGGGGGCGCGCGACGUGCCGCUGACCGUGGAGCGCUAUGUUGUGGUGCCGCGGGCGGCGGCGGCGUUGUUGCACUGCGGCAGCGCCGCAGGCGCGGAGGAGCUUGUGGCACGACUGCAUCAUGCGGUGUCGGCAGCAGCGGAGGAGGAGGAGGACAAGGGCGUUGGGGAAGACUAUAGCAGUGGUGGAGAGGUGAUGGUGGCAGCAGCGGAGGCAUUGGCGUCGGACGCGGCACCAACAGUGGCCGCCUGCUGUGAACCGUCCGAGCUCGGCAAUAAUGCGGUGGCAGUGCCGGCGGUGCCAGUGGCGGCAGUGGCGGCGGUGCCGGCGGCAGCGGUGCCAGCGGCGGCGGUGCCAGCGGCGGCAGCGGCAACGGCAGCGGUGCCAGCGGCGGCAGCGGUAACGGCAGCGGCGGCGACGGCCGUGGUGGUGCCGUCCUACGCGGUGGGCGGCGGCGGCGGCGACAGGGUACUGGGCAGAGCCCUGACGGCGGUGGUCCAGCAGCUGUGGGACACCGAGGACCACGGUGCUUGCAGCAGCAGCAGCGGCUGCGGCGGCGCCAGCAGCAGCAGUAGCAGUAGGAGUAGGGGCGGCGGCGGUGGCGGCGGAGGGAGUGGCGUUGGUUGCGGCACUAGCAGCAGCAGUAGCAGGGUGGAGCGGCUGGUGAGCCUCAUUGGCCUGGAGGCGGCGCUGGUGGCGGAUCGCGAGCAGGCCGCUGGCAGCAGCCUUGUGUUGACAGGUGGCUCGGCUACUCGGUGGUGCUGAUGAUGUGAAUUUGUGGCUGCUGCGUGUUAAGAGCCCGAGGAAAAGGUUCAGUCUGGGUAAGCCUGGGACUAGGUUCUGGGUAUACCGUAAGGUUGAGAUAGGAAAGGGUUCGGGUAUCGUGGAAGGCGCAAGAUGAGAUCACGAGAUGCAUACAUGUCCCUGACCGGCCCUGGAGCCUGCUGCUGGUUUCGAGGUGGCCGGCGGCAGGGAGGGGGCCUUGCGCGCGUGCCGCCGGUGGUGGCUCCAGGUAGCGGCGACGUCGGUGGCUAGCUAGUAGCUGGCCCUAACAGGCCGUGGGGAUGGGUGCCCAGUCGAAACAACCCCAUCGAAACCGCUGAGCUCAACGGCUUUCAUUUGAAGCAUCCUUGGAUCCGUACAUUCGGCGGAGGCCGCUGCCAGCAGGAAAAGCGCGGCGGCCACUUCAACACUUGGCCAGCAUCCAUUCGGAGGCCGAGGCUAGCCUGGCACUGAACCUGGCGGCAGCUGCCCUGGCCAUCCGUCCACACAGCUUUACGCAAGGGGAAUACCGGGUGUGGCGUGGGGGAGGUGGUGCAAGCGCCAUGUAGGACGGAAGGCGAGUAGGGCGGAAUCGGAGCAUUUUGAUUGAAGCCUGGCAGCGCCACAGGUUCAGCACAGAUUCAGCAGUGGGGCGGGAAUGUGUGUUUGGAUAGGGCUGCGGUGCUAGUUGCCUCCUGCCGACGAGUGGACGGGCGCCAUACGCGUGUCGGAACCGGACUGUCAGGUGUGGAGUGAGGGCACUGCGGUGUUGAAGCAGGGCUGGACCGUGGACACGCUCAUGGCUCAAUUGCAUUUGCUUGACGGCAUGGUUACGCGUGAACUGCGUGCGUAUACAUCAACAAUGGAAAUGGCGGUGGCUGGGUUCUGGCUGCCACAUCAUAAUUGCAAGAGCCCGAUCGCGUAAGCAGCCUGAGUGGUUCUGGUUCUGGAUACUGGUCUGGUUCGGUUGUGCUGUUGUGGAGCUACAGUGAGUAUUGCGUGAAUAAUGAGGGACAAUGACUCGAUGGGGUCAACGCUUCGUUUCCAUGUGCGCGUGGCUGCGCGCGUGGAGAUGCGUGCGUCGGAGAUGUGACUGGGACGUGGCUGAGCGUGGUCGCGGAAUUUACUUGA